GGAAGUUCCUUUGUUAUCUGUCGGUCGUAAGCAAGAUCAGCGGAGUGUGUUUGUUGGUAAAGAAGUGUGUGUGUGUGUGUGAGAGAGAGAGAGAGAGAGAGAGAGCUCUGACCGAUCCUCUGUGUGUUUUCACGCCGACGACACAGCUCCUGGAGUUAGCCUGGCGUGCUAGCUGUUAGCGGAAGUCUCUUAUCAGAGUGUGAAGAUGUGUAAAGUCCAAAUGCUGAGAGCGUUGGUGAAGCAGCGACUAACUGCGGCUGCUGAAGAGAUAUUUGGGCUGUUUGAAAGAACGAUAGCAGAGUACGAGGAGCAACUUUGUCGCUCAAAAGAGGAGAACGAGCGACAACGGAAACUACUGGACGCUGUUUACAACCCUCAGCUCAGGUUACACAGAGCAGAGGUCCAGCAGCAGCUGUUGGUGGUUAAAGAAGAGGUUCCCCCUGAGCAGCAGGAGUGGAGCUCCAGUGUGGACCAGGAGGACCCAGAGCCCCCACACAUUAAAGAGGAAGAGGAGGAACUGUGGAGCAGUCAGGAGGGAGAGCAGCUUCAAGGGCUGGAGGAGGCUGAUAUCACCAAGUUCACAUUCACUCCUGUCCCUGUGAAGAGUGAAGAUGAUGAAGAGACACCUCAGUCUGAGGGACACCACUGUGGAGGACCAGGACCAGGACCACCAGGAUCAGGACCAGCGCCAGGAGACUCUCCUGAACCUGACCCAGAUACUGACGAUAGCAGGGAAUGGGAGGAGCCUGGAGAACCUCCGUCAGGAUCAGUCCCUCUGAGCACUCCAAGACAAGGAGAGAAACCAUUUGGCUGCACUAAUUGUGAGAAACGAUUUGGCUUCAAGAACUCUCUGAAGAGACACAUGAGAACCCACACAGGAGAGAAACCAUUUGGCUGCUCCCUCUGUGAUGCCAAGUUCCUGCGUAUGGAAAACCUGAAGCGGCACACUAUUGUUCACACGGGAGAGAAACCGUACCGCUGCUCUGUGUGUGGGAAAACUUUCAAUGAGAGUGGACACCUGAACCGACACAUGAGGAACCACACGGGAGAGAAACCAUUCAGCUGCUCCGUGUGCGGGAAGAGAUUCCCUCGGAAGGAUAACUAUGUUCAACACAUGACGUGUCACACGGGCGAGAAACCGUUCAGCUGCAGCGUCUGUGGCAGGAGUUUCUCGUGGCGGACACAGCUGAAAAACCAUCAGUGUAGCGGCGGACUAUCGUCACGGCUCCAUCAGACUCGACCUGAGGAGAACAAGGAGAGUUCAGACAACGGAGUUAAUGAGCAGGACAGCAGCCCCGUCCACCUGUUUCCCCAUGCCGCUCUGUAGACCCCAUCAAUCUGCGUUCCUUUCCUGUAGGAUCACACUCUGUCUGUUGUCUCUGGUAUGGCUGCAGUGAGACUCCGCCUCUUCCUGUUACACUUAUAAUAAAAAACUGGUCACAAAAAAACUGUUACUCUGCUUCAGUUUGUGGGUCAGCAGUUAGCAUGUCAGUUAGCAGUUAGCAUGUCAGUUAGCAUGUCAGUCAGCAGUUAGCAUGUCAGUUAGCAGUUAGCAUGCCAGUCAACAGUUAGCAUGUCAGUUAGCAUGUCAGUCAGCAAUUAGCAUGUCAGUUAGCAGUUAGCAUGUCAGUUAGCAUGUCAGUUAGCAGUUAGCAUGUCAGUUAGCAUGUCAGUCAACAGUUAGCAUGUCAGUUAGCAGUUAGCAUGUCAGUUAGCAGUUUUCAGUUUUGAGCAGGAAUAUGAACAGGUCAGGUUUCUUUAUUGUCCCCUCAGGGAAAUUUGUUGUGCAGCAAGAGUUUACAUAAAACACAGUACAAUGAGGGCAUCAUCAUCAACAGCAACAAUAAUAAAUACAAAUCAUGAGAUAAAAAAACAACAUACCAGUUGAAUUACCAGUUGGUAAUUUCAUAUCAAGUAAAAACUGCAAGAGUGCCUGAGUGCAGGAUCACAGACAAGGUGCUAACUGCUACUGAGCAGAUUUAUAACACUUGGAAUCUUGGAAGAUCUUUUCGGCCUCCAAACAGGUGCCCUGAAACGGCGACCUGAGGGCAGCAGCUCAAACUCCCCUGGAAGCGGGUGGUCCUCACAGACCAGUGGAGCAUCAGCCCUCCCAGUUAUAGUUAUGGCCUGUUGUAAAUGGCCAAAAGCGUGUUCUGACUCCUCCCUGAGAUUUUACUGGCACUUUUCACAAGACACUGGAGUCGAUUCCUACAAGACAGAUUAAAGUUUCCAAACCAAACAAUAAUACAAAAAAUUAAAACAGAUUCAAUGACGCUCCUGUGGAAGAGCCUCAUCAUCUCAUUUUCCUCAAGAAAUAAAGUCUCUGUUGGACUUUUCCCGAGGUAAAAUCAGCAUGGGAUUCAAAAAUCAAUUUGUUGUCAAGAACAACACCCAGAUAUUUUCAACUACACCAAAAUCAAUAACUUUUUUUUUCAUAACGUUUUUUGUUUUGGACAAAUUUAAAUGGAGCAAAGACUCAUCACAUGAUCCUGUUCCUCUCUCUCAGGAAGGCUGACAAUAACGAUGUGUCUGUUCCUAUAAAUUAUUCUGCACUCACUGGUGUACAUGAUGUUAAGAAGAGGGGAGAGACAUCGCCAGAUGUUUUAAAACUUCUCUCUUGAUCAGCUGUUCAAAGGACUUCAUAACUAAUCAAGUGAGAAUCAUUUAACUCUUCAGGUGUGUUACGCUCGGCUCCUGGGACAAUAAGCCUCAGAAGUGAUGUGCACAGGUUUUUGGUACCUUGCCACAGACGUGAUCAGGUCCUGGGCUCUUACUCUUCGUAUGUUUAAAAAUACUGGUCACACUUUAACAUCAGUAACAAGUGAUGGUCUUUUCUUGUAUCUUAUUCAACUGUGCAGUAAAAUCAUGAUGAUCAAAUUUUAAAUAAAAACUAUUGAGUUCAUCAGCCAGAUGUUUAUCUGAGUGAAAGCCACUCACAGUGACUCCCUGCUGCCCUCAUCAUGUCAUGUUAUCACAGCCUGUCUUUAAGAUGUUACUGCGAAGCUCUGCCUCAGUCUCAUCCUCAUACCUCACUUUAGCCUUUUUUAUUUCAGCCCUCACCUCCUUCUUUAAUUCCCUCUCAGAAACUAUAUCCCCUUGUCAAAUGCAUUUCUCCCAUUCAGUAUCAGACUCUUUGUUAGGAAAGAUCAUCACUGCUUUGGUAGCAAUCACAGAGUCUUUGCAGAAGGAGCUAUAACUACACGCAACCUUUAGGACAUGAAAAGACAGGACAGGACAGGACGCUGGACAAACUUUAAGAAAACACACUUAAAAACUAACAAACAUAUGAGCAACACGAGCUGCUGGUCGCCUCAGAGCAGCACCCUCUCUUCCAGUUAGCAGUUAGCCGAUCAGUUCAGUUACUCCGCACAGAUUCACA